GGUAGCCCACCUCAGGAGCCAUGUCGCACGACAACGGCAGUCCCAGAGCAGUCCUCUUCUGGUUCGUUCUUCUUGAUUUCGCGAUUCAGUGGACUGCCUGCCUCUUCUCCGCCAUUUUUCAGACGGAGCUUUUUUUCGAUCUGACCGGCUCCUGCACGUUCCUUCUCGGCGCCUUCCUUUCGCUUGCCAUAGGCGGAUCGCUGCAUCAGAGACAGGUGGUCGCAUCAUCGCUCGUUUCAAUCUGGGCCGUUCGUCUCGGCACCUUCCUCUUCACUCGCAUCCUCCGCAGGGGUAAGGACUCUCGCUUCGAUGGCGUGAGGGAUCAGCCCAUCUUCCUCAUGAUGUUCUGGACCGUGCAGGGCAUGUGGGUGCUCAUCGUCUCACUGCCGCUGCUCGUGCUCAAUGCCUCUCAUCCCCAGCCGCCCUGGCUUUCUGCUACAGACGUUGCAGGAUUGGCUCUAUGGUCAGUUGGCUUCCUCGUCGAGACGAUAGCCGACCAUCAGAAGCUACUCUUUAGCCUACGCCAGGAGAACGAGGGCAAUUGGAUAGCAAGUGGCUUAUGGAGCUGGAGCCAGCACCCGAACUAUUUUGGGGAGAUUCUCCUCUGGUUCGGCCUCUACCUUCUCACCUUCUCCGGCCUCUCCCCUCUGUAUCGCAUCACAUGUCUUGCAAGCCCUCUCUUCACGCUCUAUGCACUUGUGCGCAUGAGUGGGAUUCCUCUGUUGGACAAGGCGUCUCAACGGCGAUGGGGAAAGGAUGCGGCAUAUCAAGCUUAUCGUAAUUCGACAUCCGUCCUCGUUCCUUGGCCGUGGCCUGUGAACAAUAGCCCGGCCGAGAACCAUACUCAUGCAGAAUGAUAUCUGUCUUACAAGGAAAAAGUGCGUGUAUUUGGUGAAUCAGGGUAUGUUUUCCAAUGCGUUGAAAUGCAAUUCAAGUACGGUACCGUAGCUCCAUUUGCUAGGCAUAAUUUUGGCACUCUGGAAUGCCCGAGUCCACUAAGUGACUGGUCUGUUUUUCUCAGGGUCUGGAGAGAACAAUCAGAGUCACAUGUUCUUAUUGUUAAAUUAUAUGCUUGAUAUAUAUAUAUAAUGGUAGGCUUGGUAGUA